AUGGAAGGACUGCUGGACGGCAUGACCAAAAUUGAAGAAAAGUGCAUCUUGUGGUGUCGUCUGGACCCCACCUCCCUGUCCGGCGACCUAUCCACCUCCCUGUCCGGCGACCUAUCCACCUCCCUGUCCGGCGACCUAUCCACCUCCCUGUCCGGCGACCUACCCACCUCCCUGUCCGGCGACCUAUCCACCUCCCUGUCCGGCGACCUAUCCACCUCCCUGUCCGGCGACCUACUCACCUCCCUGUCCGGCGACCUAUCCACCUCCCUGUCCGGCGACCUAUCCACCUCCCUGUCCGGCGACCUAUCCACCUCCCUGUCCGACGACCUACCCACCUGCCUGUCCGACGACCUACCCACCUGCCUGUCCGGCGACCUAUCCACCUCCCUGUCCGGCGACCUAUCCACCUCCCUGUCCGGCGACCUAUCCACCUCCCUGUCCGGCGACCUACCCACCUGCCUGUCCGGCGACCUAUCCACCUCCCUGUCCGGCGACCUAUCCACCUCCCUGUCCGGCGACCUAUCCACCUCCCUGUCCGGCGACCUAUCCACCUCCCUGUCCGGCGUCCUACCCACCUCCCUGUCCGGCGUCCUAUCCACCUCCCUGUCCGGCGUCCUACUCACCUCCCUGUCCGGCGACCUAUCCACCUCCCUGUCCGGCGUCCUACUCACCUCCCUGUCCGGCGACCUACCCACCUCCCUGUCCGGCGUCCUACUCACCUCCCUGUCCGGCGACCUACCCACCUCCCUGUCCGGCGUCCUACUCACCUCCCUGUCCGGCGACCUACCCACCUCCCUGUCCGGCGUCCUACUCACCUCCCUGUCCGGCGACCUAUCCACCUCCCUGUCCGGCGUCCUACUCACCUCCCUGUCCGGCGACCUAUCCACCUCCCUGUCCGGCGUCCUACUCACCUCCCUGUCCGGCGACCUAUCCACCUCCCUGUCCGGCGUCCUACUCACCUCCCUGUCCGGCGACCUAUCCACCUCCCUGUCCGGCGUCCUACUCACCUCCCUGUCCGGCGACCUAUCCACCUCCCUGUCCGGCGUCCUACUCACCUCCCUGUCCGGCGACCUAUCCACCUCCCUGUCCGGCGUCCUACUCACCUCCCUGUCCGGCGACCUAUCCACCUCCCUGUCCGGCGUCCUACUCACCUCCCUGUCCGGCGACCUAUCCACCUCCCUGUCCGGCGACCUACCCACCUCCCUGUCCGGCGACCUAUCCACCUCCCUGUCCGGCGACCUACCCACCUCCCUGUCCGGCGACCUACCCACCUCCCUGUCCGGCGACCUACCCACCUCCCUGUCCGGCGACCUACCCACCUCCCUGUCCGGCGACCUAUCCACCUCCCUGUCCGGCGACCUACCCAGCUCCCUGUCCGGCGACCUACCCAUCUCCCUGUCCGGCGACCUACCCAUCUCCCUGUCCGGCGACCUACCCACCUGCCUGUCCGGCGACCUACCCACCUCCCUGUCCGGCGACCUAUCCACCUCCCUGUCCGGCGACCUAUCCACCUGCCUGUCCGGCGACCUAUCCACCUGCCUGUCCGGCGACCUACCCACCUCCCUGUCCGGCGACCUAUCCACCUCCCUGUCCGGCGACCUAUCCACCUGCCUGUCCGGCGACCUAUCCACCUGCCUGUCCGGCGACCUACCCACCUCCCUGUCCGGCGACCUACCCACCUCCCUGUCCGGCGACCUAUCCACCUCCCUGUCCGGCGUCCUACACACCUGCCUGUCCGGCGACCUACCCACCUGCCUGUCCGGCGACCUACCCACCUCCCUGUCCGGCGACCUACCCACCUCCCUGUCCGGCGACCUACCCACCUCCCUGUCCGGCGACCUACCCACCUCCCUGUCCGGCGACCUAUCCACCUCCCUGUCCGGCGACCUACCCACCUGCCUGUCCCGUCCGCCAUAG